CAGUCCGCUCCCUGCCGUAGUUGAGUAAACUACAUGGACAUUAGCGGGCGCAGCGGCACAACCACCGAGCCAGAGUGGAUUAAAGCGGCGUGCGUGUGUGGAGAGCCACUUCGUUGAACGACUGGGUAACCGAGUGAAAAACCCCCGGUGUGUAAUAGCAAGUCUAUCACGCCAGUUUUGCAGCUGCGAAACGGCAAAGGAAAAACAAAAAGGGGGGAUCUCGGUGAACUCAGUUAGUGCCGUGUAUUGUGUGUCAGGCAGGGAGAGCUCGGCGGGAAUGGCUUCAUCUCCGUGCGGCAACAGUAACUUUGAUUCCGGUCUGGAAAUCAAAACUCGCUCGGUGGAGCAGACGCUUAUUCCUUUAGUAUCGCAGAUCACUACUCUGAUCAACCAUAAAGACAAGCCAAAGAAGUCUGAGCGCACCCUGGCAGCCAUACACAGGGUGGGUCAGGCAGUGAGCGUGGCAGUGGGACGUUUUGUUGCUGUCGGUGAAGCCAUCGCCGCAGAGAAUCAAGAGCUGAAGGAUGAGAUGGGUCAAGCCUGCUUCGAGGCACGCAGAGCAGGUGAUGCAAUAGCCCAGCUGACAGAUGUGGGAUCAGCUUUGCCAUCCCAGUCAGACGGACGUGUCACAGUGUUCAGUGAUAGGACAGGGAUGGUGAAAGCUGCACGCUUGCUCCUCUCUUCAGUCACGAAAGUCCUGGUCUUAGCUGAUCGCAUCGUCAUCAAACAGAUAAUCACAUCACGGAACAAGGUCCUGGUAACCCUCGACCAUCUGGAAAGAGUCAGCACCUUCCAGGAAUUUGUACAGAUUUUCAGCCAGUUUGGCAAUGAGAUGGUGGAGUUUGCUCACCUCACAGGAGACAGACAGAACGACUUGAAGGAUGAGAAGAAGAAAGCGCGGAUGGCAGCAGCCAGAGCAGUGCUGGAGAAGUGCACCAUGAUGCUCCUCACAGCCUCCAAGACUUGCCUGAGGCACCCAGAUUGCGAGUCUGCGCGAAUCAACAAAGACGCCGUGUUCCACCGAAUGCGCUGUGCCCUGGAGCAGGUCAUCGAGAUAGUCACCGAGGCACGGAGCUGUGGGGAGAACAAGAUCCUUCCUGCCAGCAUCUACAACGGCAUCAAGGACUUCAAGUCCAGCGUGGAGUGCCUGCGGGAGAACCUGCACUCCUUGUCACCCCAGAACGUGGACAGCCAGCUGGAGGCGCUGGUGGAGCGGACGGAGGACUUCACUGACUCGGCCUACACCAGCCACGAGCAGCGGCAGGCCAUCCUGAGCCUGUGCCAGCUGGCGCGCCAAGACACCCAGCAGCUGAUGCACGCCUGGGUCGAGGCGCAGUCUGUCCACGCCAAAGAGGCCACAGAGGACAUGGAGGUGGCCAUCCUCAAGACAUGCCAGAGCGUCAGUGACCUCAGACGUGAGCUCCAUAAGGUGGCAGUCGGUCGUGCCUCAGACUUGCUUAAAGUUCAUGGAGAGCAGUUGCCUCUGCGGGCUCUCAAAGCUGCUGGCGCCGAGGGAAACCUGGAGGCAGUGGCGGAGUACUCACGCACACUCACAGAGCAGAAGGAGCAGCUGGUGGAGACCUGUCGGCUGUUGUGCCACGUGUCGGGGACAGAGCCUUUGGAGAUUACCUGUAUACACGCUGAGGAGACCUUCCAUGUCAUUGGUCCACAGAUCAUCUCAGCAGCUCAGACGCUGGCCCUCCAUCCGUCCAGUAAGAUUGCUAAAGAGAACCUGGAGGUAUUCUGCGAGGCCUGGGAGUCGCAGCUCUGCGACAUGGCCCUGCUCCUGAGAGAGAUCAAUGACGUCUUUGAGGGCAGGCGAGAUAAUCACAAGAGCUCUCUAUCCCUAGGAGACAAAAGACCUUAUUUGUCACUUCCCAGACCCGGGAAACACUCAGCUAACUUGAAGACUGCCAAGGCUGUCAAGCUGGAUGCAGAGGAGCAGACAAGCAUGGCCAAGCUGGGUCUGGAGCUCCGUCUGCUGUCGUCAGACGUGGACACAGAGGUGGAAAAGUGGGAGGAACAAGAACACGACAUUGUCCGGCAGAGCCAGAGCCUGGCCAGCAUGGCCUACAACAUGUACCUUUUCACCAGAGGGGAGGGGUUGCUGAAAACAACACUGGAUCUUUUUCAUCAAGCUGAGGUUCUUUCUGAAGAGGGGCUCCAGCUGUGCUCAUCUCUCCGCACUUUUUCCACUCAGCUGGUUGAUGAGGAAAAGUCUGUGGUGAUGACAGAGAUGGAGAAACUGGUGGCAUUAUGCCAACAGCUGCAGAUGGGGGCCAAGACUCCUGUGCAGGGCAAGACUGCCACCUUCCAGAAGGUGGACUCAUCCAUUCAGACAACCAGAGGCAUUCUGACUGUGGUCCUCUCCCUCCUCCCAUUCUGUAACAAGCUUAACAAAAAGUACAAGUCAGAAAGGAGUAGCCUAGGUUCCCCGCAUGACUGGAGAGAAAGACAGGAUGCAUCCACGCCUGUCAAAGAGGAGGGAGCUCUCAACAGCAAGAACACCAACGGCUUUGGUGUCAAAUCCUUGGAGCAGCACAUGGCCGGUCUCAACCUGCUGGAGAGCAAAUAAUCCAGGAAAUAGCCACCUCCCUUUUUUGUUCGCUAUUCUCCGUCGGAGCAGCACAUAGCCAACCUCACCUCACUGGAAAACAUGUAAUCCAGGAAAUACUUCACUCCCCUCAUCCUCACAACACCCACCAUAGAGUGGGCCAGAGCCGUGGGGUGAAGAUGGUUGCCUUGGGUCAGUCAGAGUUUGUAUUUGCUAUCUGGAUGGUGAAUGAAAAGGUUUACAGAGGAAAAAGCAGAUCCAAGCUCUCUGUGCCAAGGGGCAAUUUUACCCCAGGGUAGCUUGUUACCUGAAGUACUAGUUCCUCCCCAGUCCACAAGAUGGAGACAAUCAGCCAACACUAAGACUUUGCCAUUAGCAGUGAGCCUCAUUAAAGAGAGGCCUGGCACAAGCCUGAUUUCUGAAUCACUUUUACCACUUCUCUGGAUAUUGAGUUGAAAAACUGAUCACAAAUCAGAAAAAAUUCCACUCAGUGCUCAGUUCUGCCAUACAUCUGUCUUCACUAUGUGCCUCUGCGUAACAAACCUACUCUCUCUGUGGUGUACUAUAAACGUGUUGCACAAAUGAAAAAAACAAACAAACAAAAAAAGUGAAAUGGCUGAAAACCCACAGUGCAUGAUGCCAUCAUCACCAAACCCUUGUGUUCGAGUCUCCUAUGCCAUAGGCAUGUAAUGUUAACACUUGUUAUGUAAAGUUAGCCACUGUGGUACAUUCUGUCCUUGAUCACUGGCACUGUAUUUAGCAUCUCUCUACAUAAUUAAAUAUUUUAAGUCAACCAUACCAAAUGAUAGUGUCUAAUUUCCAUGGGAUCUGCUAUGGAACGUUCUCCAUGUGCCACAUUUGCAACAAAACAAAAAAAUAAAUAAAUAAAAAAAAAAAAACACAUUUUAACACCAAAUAUGAUUGUCCUCAUGAAGAUGCUGUGAUCUUCAGCUUGCUACUAGUAUGAAAUAUAAAGCUCUUAGUCCUCUAGUGUUAAUUACUGGAGACAUAUUUUUAUUUGGGCCAGGUUUCUCCAAAAUGUCAGCUGGUUAAGAUUAUUAAUCUUAUCACUGAGAUGCUUUUGGGAAAUCUGGACCUUAACGUCCCAAGUAUUAUCAAACCAUAAUCUGUGUAUCCUGUUAUACUCUGACUUUUUCUUUCCUCAUAAAAGAAAUGAUGGUUAAUUCUGAACUGGCACCUGUGUGAAAUGGAGCCUUGAAGUGUACUUGUUAUGAAGACUAUCAUUGUGAAGCUGCCUAGUAGGCCAAUAUGUAUUAAAUGGUAUAUGGUAUGUAUAAUCUGGUACUUGAAUCAUAGAUAUAUAUCUAUAUAUACAGUAUGUAUUCUAAGGUCAAUACUUUGGUACUGGGUGAGGGUGUGAUAAUGACUGAAAUGAAUAACAAACAUUGAGCUUUAGAGAUUCUUUGUAUUGUGUGAGAGCAGCUAAGGAUGCUGGGUAUUGUAGUGGUUCAACAGAUGUGAAGAAAUCAUAGAUCUAGUUUUGGAUCAUCUAUUCUUUUGACAAUUUAAAGGUUAAAAAGGUUACACAUAAAAAAUAAACAAUAUUUUUCUUAAA